AAGCUGGAUAUGUCAAAAGGCGCCGGAAGCAUGAUUAGCUGCGUGUCAUGAUGUAGCGAGAUUAGUUACUUGCAAAGGACAGUAUAUAGCGAUGUGAGAGUCAGGGUUCAGGGUUUGGGGUUUUAGUGCGGCCCGCACACACAGUAAGAGCCGAGUUUCAGCGAGCAAGAAUCGUGUGUAACCAGCGACAGCAGAAACAAUUCUCCAUUAAUGUUGCAGUUCGUCAUCACACAGUUUACCACCAACGUCCGACAUGUCGUUGCGUCGACAAUAGAAAGACCUAGAAUCAUUCGAGGAGUUGUGUUCUUGAGAGAACUGCGUGAAAUGUUGCGGAUGUAGUAUGCCCCGGGCAGACUACGUGGAGAGUGCGGCUGUGGGUGGGACCACAGCAGGAAAUGCUGAGAAGGAGGAAAUUCUCCCGGAAGUGAAUUGCGCUUGAUUGAGAAGCAAAAUUGCUGCGAUCAGAAUGGGAGGCGGAAUCAAUAUGAAAAGGAGGGUGCUUCUGCUGCUGAAGCGAAGUAUGCUGGAUGGUUAUGUCUCUCGUGAACGUAUGCAGAUGUGUGAGCCCCCGUUUGCCUCGCUCAUGGUGUCUCAUCCCAAGGCGGUCGGCAAUCUAUCAGACAGGCACAGAGUUCAUCAGCAUACCGUCGAAGUGUGUAAAGAUGUGCUCAAGCGGAAGUCGAAUGUAGUGUGGGAUUCUUUGAUGAGAGAUGAGCUGCGUGGGUGUCCAAUUAGGGACGUGGAUUUGGUGGUGACCAUAGGAGGAGAUGGGACGCUUUUGCAAGCCAGUCAUUGCCUCGACAGCUCAAUCCCUGUAGUUGGAGUCAAUUCAGAUCCGACUAGAGCAAGUGAGGUGGAGGAGAACUUGGAGGAGUUUGAUGCCACGAGGAGCACUGGUUAUCUCUGUGCAGCUAAUGCAGACAACUUUGAGCAGGUUUUGGAUGAGAUUUUAGACGGCAGCAGGAAGCCAUUGGUGCUGAACAGAAUUCUCACUCGAAUCGACGGAAUGAAUUUUACCUAUCCUUCGCUCAACGACGUGCUCCUCUCCCAUCCCAACCCGGCUGCAGUUUCACGCUGCAGCUUCAGCAUUCGCAAGGCAGGCAAUGACGAACCAACAACUUCAGUUGUGCAUUCCCGCUCAAGUGGCCUACGGAUCUGCUCAGCGGCUGGCUCCACGGCGGCUAUGGCUUCAGCAGGAGGAGAAAUCAUGGACUUUAUGUCACCAGAUCUCCAGUACAUGAUCAGAGAGCCGAUCAGACCUCAUCCCCUAUUCCGGGAUCAUCUGAGGGGCUGGAUCAGACCAGACGAGGUUUUAAAUGUGCAGUGGGGUUGUAGGCAAGGUGUUCUUCACUUUGAUGGGUCUCACGUUUUUCAACAAGUCAAAUUCGGGAGUGUCAUCGAGUUCUCCUCUAAUGCACCUCCCCUCAAGAUUUUUACGAAUUUCAGUAAAAACGUUCAAAUGUGACACCAGAUUUCUCGUGUCUAGAUGUACAGCUUCACCUCAUUCAUGCCUUUUGUCUUC